AUGGCAGGUGGUGGGGCGGUGGAGGUCGUGCGCGCUGCAGGUGACGGGGUGGCGGAAGCCUGCGCGCUGCAGGUGGUGGGGGCGGCGGUCGCCGGGGCGGCGCGACAGGUGGUGGGGCGGCGGUCGCCGGGCGGCGCGGCAGGUGGUGGGGCGGCGGUCGCCGGGGGCGCAGCAGGUGGUGGGGGCGGCGGUCGCCGGGGGCCGCAGCAGGUGGUGGGGGCGGCGGUCGCCGGGGCGCGGCAGGUGGUGUGGCGGCGGUCGCCGGGGCGCGCGGCGGCGGGAGUGGGCGGCGGCAGCCGGGGCGCGCGGCGGGUGGUGGGGAGGCGACGCGCGCGGGAGGUGGGAGGCGCGCGGCAGCCGGGGCGCGCGGCGAGGUGGUGGGAGGCGACGCGCGCGGGAGGGUGGGGAGGCGCGGGGCGGGGAGAAAAACCCACCGACGCCUCCCCACUUCUCCUCCUUGUGAACUUCCCCAGCUUCUUGCCGGUGGCCGUCCCCAACUCCCGCCCCACCUUCUUCCCGGCGGCAGCCGCGUCGCAGACCAGUCCCAACUCCCGCCUCACCUUCUUCCCGGCGGCAGCUGGCAUCGCCGCCCGUUCCCAACUGCCACUCACCUUCUUCCCGGAGGCAGCCGGCGUCACCGCGCGCCUUCCUCCCACGCACAGCCGGAUCCCCAUAUCAACCGCGCCGUUGGGUGGGGCCGUGCCUCCACUGCGUUCCACGCUACUCAGCAUGCGCCGCCCAGCCUGGAUCCUCCCCUACGCGCCGCCCCGGCAUGGAUCCUCCCCUGCGCGCCGCCCCGGCAUGGCUCCUCCCCUGAGCGCCGCCCCGGCCUGGAUCCUCCCCUGCUCGCCGCACCGCCCCGGCCUGGAUAGCCGUCCUGGUAGGCGGCGCCCAUCCUCCCAGCCAUGGGGGGCCGCAAUCGGCGAUUCAGGUAUUUAUCCAUGGUAAGAAGGAUGGCAUGAUCCAUCCAGGCACAACAAAACCAUGUGCAUAUACCCAGUGCAGGCAUAUCCAUAUCGGGGACAUGAGAUGGAUGUUCAGAUGCGAGUAAUCAAGCACUCAUGCUAUCCUCUCUUGUGAUCCCUCCAACGAGCUCCAUUGGGAAGUCCACUACGCGUCUCACUCUGGUGUCCACCGUGCUCCGUCAGGAACUCCACUACAACUUCACGUCACACGA